AUGACUAGUCCAUAUAUUGACUUGACCCAGGAGAUUGGAAAUAUUCUGGGUUAUCAAUUUCGUGAUUCAGCUCGCCUAGAGGAUGCCUUCAGGGCAGCUGGUGUCAAUGAUCGUGAUGGCAACAAAAGAUUAGCUCUUGUCGGCAUUACAGCCCUUCAACUAUUCUUGCAAACUGAGGGACAAGCCAGGCGCGCAAGCCGUGAACAGAUCAAUAAGGUCGUCUCCCAUCUUGCUAGCAACAUAAAUCUGGCUGAGCGUGGAUUUGAGCUAGGCCUCGAUGAAUUCAUUGAAAACAACCCUUGUCAAGGAGAUACUAUCUCUAACAAGGUUAUGGCAGCUACCAUGGAGGCUAUUAUAGGCGCAGUCUUCUUAGAAUCACAUUGGGAUCGCGACACGUUAGGAUUGAUUGUGAAUUCAAUGGGUCUCUCUUGGCCUGACGAAUAG